AUGCAAGCUCCUGCGGCCGGUCUCAUCUGCUUGCCUGCCGCCUCGGACUGUGGUAUGUCUUUGGGUCAGGUUUGGGCGGCAAUGGCGAUGUUCAAAGGACACCGGCGUAGACGAGCCAUAUUGGAUGGCGAAGAGGAAAGCGAGAUGGACGACGACACCGAUGCUGUGCAACCCAAGCGCCGCAAGUACACUGCCUUCAACGAGUCCUUUGUGGACUCUAGUACGAUGCAAGUCGGUUCGAGCAGCCCGCCGUACGGAUCCUCCCGGGAAUCAUCCCUCUCCUCGGUGGGCUACGUUGACCUGAAUUCCCAUAUCUCGGAACUGAUACCGGAAGAUGAUACAUUGCGGCUCGCGACGUGUGCCAUUCGACAUAUCCUCUAUUUCUCAUCGGCUCAGGCCCCCGAGUCCUCGGUCGUUGUUGAGCUUCGAGAUGCCAGAACUAGGAUUGCGGCUACUACGGGUGACGAAAAGCAGAUCGUAGCUGUUGACGACGGUGGGCUCUGUCUGCGGCAGAGGAAGCGAGAUAUGGGCUUCCGAUUCUGGAGGCAAAGAGACGAUUUCAAUGUCUAG